AUGAGCUCCUUCGACCUCCCGGCGCCCUCCCCACCUCGCUGCAGCCCCCAGUUCCCCAGCAUCGGCCAGGAGCCCCCCGAGAUGAGCCUUUACUAUGAGAACUUCUUCCAUCCACAGGGCGUGCCCAGCCCUCAGCGGCCCCCCUCCUUCGAGGGGGGCGGCGAGUACGGGGCCACCCCCAACCCCUACCUCUGGCUCAAUGGACCGGCCAUGACUCCACCACCCUACCUGUCGGGCACCAACACCAGCCCCUUCCUGCCCCAGGCCUACGGUGUGCAGAGGCAGCUGCUGCCAGGCAUGUCUGGGCUGGGGGGCGGCGACCUGGGCUGGCUGCCCAUCCCCUCGCAGGAGGAGCUGAUGAAGCUGGUGCGGCCCCCCUAUUCCUACUCGGCUCUCAUCGCCAUGGCCAUCCACGGGGCGCCCGACAAGCGGCUCACCCUCAGCCAGAUCUACCAGUACGUGGCCGACAACUUCCCCUUCUACAACAAAAGCAAGGCCGGCUGGCAGAACUCCAUCCGCCACAACCUGUCUCUCAACGACUGCUUCAAGAAGGUGCCCCGCGAUGAGGACGACCCGGGCAAAGGGAAUUACUGGACCCUGGAUCCCAACUGUGAGAAGAUGUUCGAUAACGGAAACUUCCGCAGGAAGAGGAAGAGAAAAUCAGAUGUCUCCUCCAGCACGGGAUCCUUGGCCUCGGAGAAAACAGACAGCAGCCUCCUGGCGGGCAGCCCGAAGACCGCAGAGGCCCAGGACAUCUUGGACAGUGCGUCACCAGGCACCACGAGCUCCCCAGAGAAGCAGUCCUCACCUCCCCCGUCGGGUACCCCAUGCCUCAACAACUUCCUCUCCACCAUGACAGCCUAUGUGAGCGGUUCGAGCCCGGUGAGCCGCCCUGUGGCAACACCAGGACUGAGCCCUGAGCCCGCUGACAAGAUGGGACAGAACUUGCUGAACUUCAGCUCCUACACCCCACUCACCAACCUCAGCAGCCAUGGGGGCGGGGGCGAAUGGGCCAACCCCAUGCCCACCAACGCUCUUGGCUAUGGAGGCUCUGUCCUCAACCAGUUCAGCCCUCAUUUCUACAACAGCAUCAACACAAACAGUGUCCUCUACCCCAGGGAGGGCACUGAGGUUUAG